GGUACGAGAAAUUGUCAGGACGGGACGGGAGAUCGCGCGGUUCGAGGACUGUCGCUUGUAUUGUACCCAUCCAUGUAGGCGCUUUGGGAUUAUGAACCUGAACCUUCACCUGUGGGCUGUGUGUGAGCCAGUUCAUCAUCCGAGACGAGACGAGACUCUUUUUGUGCUGAUGUCUCCCGUCCUGACUUUGUUAGUCCGAGCCAUGCUGACUUUGUUAGUCCGAGCCAUGCUGACUUUGUUAUUGUGCCGGCGCGUGGCUCAAAGUGCUUUUCUUUGUACCAACGCCAGACACUGGACCUUGUCUUUGUUCUUUCUACCAAUACUGACCUGCGUAUUCACUCACCACUUUCAAACCCGAACCACUUCCUUUCCAUAAUUGCGUAGGCAGGUUAUUGAUUGACAAAGGAUACCGUCCAAAAUGACCAAAAAAAU